GUGCGGCCCCCCCGGCCCCCGCACGGGCCUCGGCCUUGGGGCCCCCCGGGGCUGCAGCCCGGCCGUCGCCGCGAUGGCCCUCAAGAUGGUCAAGGGCAGCAUCGACCGCAUGUUCGACAAGAACUUGCAGGACCUGGUGCGCGGCAUCCGCAACCACAAGGAGGACGAGGCCAAGUAUAUCUCCCAGUGCAUUGAUGAGAUCAAGCAAGAGCUGAAGCAGGACAACAUCGCCGUGAAGGCCAAUGCCGUGUGCAAGCUCACCUAUUUACAGAUGCUGGGGUAUGACAUCAGCUGGGCCGCCUUCAAUAUCAUCGAGGUGAUGAGCGCCUCCAAGUUCACAUUCAAGCGCAUCGGUUACCUGGCGGCCUCACAGUGCUUUCACGAGGGCACUGAUGUCAUCAUGCUCACCACCAACCAGAUCCGAAAGGACCUGAGCAGCCCCAGCCAGUAUGACACGGGUGUCGCACUUACCGGCCUGUCCUGUUUUGUCACCCCAGAUCUUGCCAGGGACCUGGCUAACGACAUCAUGACAUUGAUGUCACACACAAAGCCGUACAUCCGGAAGAAGGCUGUGCUCAUCAUGUACAAAGUCUUCCUCAAAUACCCCGAGUCUUUGCGCCCCGCCUUUCCCCGCCUCAAGGAGAAGCUAGAGGACCCGGAUCCUGGUGUCCAGUCAGCCGCCGUCAAUGUCAUCUGCGAGCUGGCCCGGCGCAACCCCAAGAACUACUUGUCCCUCGCCCCCCUUUUCUUCAAGCUCAUGACCUCGUCCACCAACAACUGGGUCCUCAUCAAGAUCAUCAAACUGUUUGGUGCUCUCACCCCCCUGGAGCCCAGGCUGGGGAAGAAGCUGAUCGAGCCGCUCACCAACCUCAUUCACAGCACUUCGGCCAUGUCACUGCUGUAUGAGUGUGUGAACACCGUCAUUGCAGUUCUCAUCUCGCUGUCUUCCGGAAUGCCCAACCACAGUGCCAGCAUCCAGCUCUGUGUCCAGAAGUUGAGGAUUUUGAUCGAGGAUUCAGAUCAGAACUUGAAGUACCUGGGCCUCCUGGCCAUGUCCAAGAUCCUGCGGACACACCCCAAGUCUGUGCAGGCCCACAAGGACUUAGUUCUGCAGUGUCUGGAUGACAAGGAUGAGUCAAUCCGCCUGCGGGCCUUGGAUCUGCUGUAUGGGAUGGUAUCUAAGAAGAACUUGAUGGAGAUAGUGAAGAAGCUUAUGAGUCAUGUGGACAAGGCAGAGGGCACCACGUAUCGGGACGAGCUGCUCACCAAGAUCCUUGACAUCUGCAGCCAGUCCAACUACCAGCAUAUCACCAACUUUGAGUGGUACAUCAGUGUCCUGGUAGAGCUGACUCGACUGGAGGGCACGCGGCACGGCCACCUCAUUGCAGCACAGAUGCUGGACGUGGCCAUCCGUGUGAAGGCCAUCCGUGGCUUUGCCGUGUCGCAGAUGGCCCUGCUGCUGGACAGCGCCCACCUGCUCACCAGCAGCACCCAGCGCAACGGCAUCUGCGAGGUGCUCUAUGCCGCCGCCUGGAUCUGCGGGGAGUUCUCCGAGCACCUGCAGGAGCCCCAGCAGACGCUCGAGGCCAUGCUGCGGCCACGGGUGACGGCACUGCCAGGCCACAUUCAGGCCGUGUAUGUGCAGAACGUGCUGAAGCUGUAUGCGGCGCUCCUGCGGCAGCGCGAGCAGGCGGGCGAAGCGGCAGCAGCACAGGCAGCAUCACAGCUUCUGGCCGAGCGGCUGCCACAGUUCGUGCAAAGUGCAGACCUGGAGGUCCAGGAGCGGGCGUCCUGCGUCCUACAGCUGGUAAAGCACGUCCAGAAGCUGCAGGCCAAGGAUGUGCCAGUGGCCGAGGAGCUAAGUGCCCUCUUUGCAGGCGAACUCAACCCUGUGGCCCCCAAGGCCCAGAAGAAGGUCCCAGUGCCCGAAGGGCUGGAUCUGGAUGCCUGGAUCAACGAGCCGCCAUCAGACAGUGAGUCUGAGGAGGAGCCACCCCGGGCCAUGUUCCAGGACGAGGAGCAGCGCCAGGCCCGUCAGCGGCCACCUGAGGUGGACGAGGAGGAGCUGGCCCGUCGCCGAGAGGCCCGUAAGCAGGAACAGGCCAACAACCCCUUCUACAUCAAGAGCUCCCCGUCACCUCAGAAGCGCUACCAGGACACUCCAGGUGUGGAGCACAUUCCCGUGGUGCGCAUUGACCUCUCGGUGCCGCUCAAGGUCCCAGGCCUGCCCAUGUCAGAGCAGUAUGUGAAACUGGAGGAGGAGCGGCGCCAGCAGCAGCGGCUGGAGAAGGACAAGAGGCGGAGGCGGCGGAAGGAGCGGGCCCCACGAGGCAAGACCAAGGCCCCACGCCACAGCUCUGCACCCACCGAGAGUGAUGAGGACAUCGCCCCAGCCCAGCGGGUGGACAUCGUCACUGAGGAGAUGCCUGAGAAUGCACUACCCAGUGACGAGGAAGACAAGGACCCCAACGACCCCUACAGGGCCCUGGACAUCGACCUGGAUAAGCCCUUAGCUGACAGCGAGAAGCUGCCUGUGCAGAAGCAUCGACACCCUGAGCCCUCUCAGUCACCUGAGAAAGAGGAUACCCCAGUGGUGACCAAGAGCAAGAAGCCCAAGAAGGAGAAGAAGCACAAAGAGAAGGAGAAGAAGGAGAAGAAGAAAAAGAAGAAGGAGAAGAAGGAGGAGGAAGAGGAGAAGGCCGAUGAUCUGGACUUCUGGCUAUCCCCACCGCCUGCUGCUCCGACCCCGGCCCCGGCCCCAGCCCCGGUAUGGUUCCCCCAGGUUGGCUGAGUUGAGUGUAGCACCGUGGCCCCUACCCCAAAGGAAGACCUUGAGGACGCCCAGAAAGAGGAACCAGAGGAGGAGGAGCAGCCAGAUACUGAGAAGAAAUCCAGGCAUAAGAAGAAGCACAAGAAGGAGAAGGAGGAGCGGCCCAAGGACAAGAAGAAAUCCAAGAAGAAAAGGGUGCCAGGCGAGGGGGCACCAGGGCCACUGGAGAACGGGGCACUGGAGGAGGAGGAGGAGGAGCCCCUCCCGCCUAUGUCCAGCUACUCCCUCCUGGCCGAGAACUCAUAUGUGAAGAUGACGUAUGAUGUACAGGCCAGCCUGCAGAGUGACAGUCAGGUGACCGUGUCAGUGGUCCUGGAGAACCAGAGCGACAGCUUCCUCAAGAGCAUGGAGCUCAACGUGUUGGACUCACUCAACGCCAAGCUGGCCCGGCCCGAGGGCUCCUCUGUGCACGAUGGCGUCCCUGUUCCUUUCCAGUUGCCCCCCGGCAUCUCCAAUGAAGCGCAGUUCGUCUUCACUGUCCAGAGCAUUGUCAUGGCACAGAAGCUCAAGGGCACCCUGUCCUUCAUCGCCAAGAAUGACGAGGGCUCCACGCACGAGAAGCUCGACUUCCGGCUGCACUUCAGCUGCUCCUCAUACCUGGUCACCACCCCGUGCUACAGUGACGCCUUUGCCAAGCUCCUGGAGUCUGGGGACCUGAGCGUGGCCUCCAUUAGGGUGGAUGGCAUCAGCAUGUCCUUCCAGACCCUGCUGGCCAAGAUCUGCUUCUACCACCAUUUCUCAGUGGUGGAACGGGUGGAUUCCUGUGCAUCCAUGUACAGCCGCUCUGUCCAGGGCCACCACGUCUGCCUGCUGGUGAAGAAGGACGAGAAGUCUGUGUCAGUGGAUGGGAAGUGCAGUGACCCCACGCUGCUGAACCACGUCCUGGAGGAAGUGCGAGCCACGCUGGCCCCAUGCUGAGCCAGCCACGCCCUAGAUUUCUCUAGAUUCUUCUUCCCAACUUUAUUUCGUCAGCAGCCCUGAGGCCGCAGGACUGCCAGGAACAGUUAGGGGCUCAUGGGGUGGCCCCGGCACGUGGGCUUCUGUGAAGUCGGCCAAGCCCCGCGGGUCCCCCAAGAACCUGCCGGCUCAGGGCCAUGCCUCGGGGCCCCAGUAGGGCUGCCCUAGGGUUCCCGCUGUCCUUGCUGCUUUCCAUGUGUCUCCCAUUCGCAGAAGUGUGUCUGGUUCGGUGUUGUUUGGGGUCCAGAUCUCCCCCUUGUCACUGAACACUCCCUGGGGUGGUCCGUUGUUGGGGGGACGUUGGCCGGCCACCCCUUUCCCUGCCUCAACGCCGCCGUAGCAUGUAGAGUCUCUCUCCAGCCCCCGCGGCGCGGCACCCCAGGAACUGCCCCAUGACAUUCCCAUUCAGGAGCCGCACACACUGUGCGAGUGUCCAGAUGAUCAAUAAACUCCUAAAGCCGCA